CUGUCAUGUAAAUUAUUCUUGUUUUUACAGUUCUUCACCUUUGAGAGAUACAAGGCCCUCUUCUCUUUUGGGUCCCCCACUCCAUCAGCUAUGGCAUUCACCCUGGCUGGUUUGUGCUCAGGUUUAACCGAGGCUGUGAUUAUUAAUCCCUUCGAAGUUGUCAAGGUCAAAUUACAAGCUCAGAGAAUCGCACUAUCUCAGCAACCUUCCACCAUACGUACAGCGCAGGAAAUCGUAAGAACAGAUGGGUUCGGACUACGAGGUCUGAACAAAGGCUUGACUUCCACCUUGGGCCGUCACGGAGUCUUCAACAUGAUUUACUUUGGAUUCUACCAUAACGUGAAGAACCUAAUACCAGAGAGCAAGGACAAAAAAAUGGACUUCCUAAGAAAAUUUGGUAUUGGUCUGACAGCUGGAACCCUGGGUUCGUGUGUCAAUAUUCCAUUUGACGUAGCCAAGAGCCGUAUCCAGGGCCCCCAGCCUGUUACAGGGGAGAUCAAGUACAGAACCUGCUUCGCUACCAUAGCCACGGUUUACAAGGAGGAGGGGUACCUAGCAUUAUACAAGGGACUUCUUCCAAAAAUCAUGAGAUUAGGGCCAGGUGGUGCAAUUAUGCUGUUAGUGUAUGAGCAUGCCUAUGACUGGCUGCAUCGCCACUGGUGACCAUCCCUAAGGAAUCUGUCAUCAUAUCCAAAGUCUCCACACAGUAAUGGCAUCUUCAAGAGAUAUUUGGCUGCAUUGUACCAGCUUUGAUGGUUAAUGUGCAGUGUCCAUAUCUAUCAUAUCAAUGCUGUUUUAACUAUAAACUUGUAGGACAGAAACACCAAUUGUUCACUCUGUUUUUGAUAAACAUUAGGCAAGGCUUGGUUGACCUGUGAGUGGUGAAAUGCUGGUAUGAGCAAUGGAAAUAAUCCUGACAAUACUUUGCACACAUCCCCUAACCAAGUUAUUGUGAGACUGCUGCACACUGCCACCAGUCUACUGGUAAAACAAAGCAGCUACACUUCGUUCUAGAAGGUCAUUCCACAAUGUGUAAAAAAUACAGUCUCUUUAGCUGAUAUAGAGAAGCAUGUGGAGACUUGUCUUCUUUAGAGGGCAUUUUAACCUUCUGAAGAGAGCAUUUUGUUACAUGUGCUGUAUCUUCAUUUUUAUUACGUUUCAUACAUUUGAGGUAUUACAGGGUGAUGUGUGGUCUAGAUACAGACAAGGGCAGUUGGGGUAUGUGUUGAAAAUUAUUUAUGGUCGAAUUAUACAAUUUCAGUUAUGUUAGGAGUUGCCUUGCAAAUCAACUUGUACAGGAAAGGGUGCACAAAUGGACAGACAACCAGCAAUAAAUACUGCUUUUACAUGACAAGAAUCUCUAGGUUUAAAUGCCAUAACAAUGACCUUGGAGUAGAAAUUUUGUCCUAUAUACUUCUGGGUGGAUUAGGGAGGUUAUGCAAAACAAUGCAAAAUUAGAUCAAUGACAACAUUCCUCAAUAGGUGCCAAAUGUUUUCUCCUUUCUAAAUGUAGAUUAAAAGCCUGAACAAACCCUCUAAAGCUGAUAGUAUAAAUUAACCUUUAAAGGAACCAUCAUUGUCUCUAUGAGUAUUGUUAAAAUUUGUGAUUAAGAUAAGUUAUGUUUGGGAGGUGAUAUGAUUUACAAUACCUUUUUAUAUAUUUGUUGGCAAUUAUGUUUGCAGGUGGCUUUGUAGAAAUGUAGAAGCUGAAUGAAACUUGGAAGUUCUGUCAUUAAAAUUUUGCAAAUACUAAAUAUAUGUGAUAACUAUCUAAGGAAAAAUAUUGUGUGGAAAGAGAAGCAUUUCCCAUGAAUUAUUUUUAAGUAUGUUAAGUUCAACACAUUUUCCUCCAAAAUGAGUAAAAAAAAUGUUUAAAACAGAAAUCAUUUUAAAAAGUCAUCCAUGUUGUUGAAGUAAAAAUAUAGUUUGUAAUACCUGGACAAAUAUUUUAUUACAUCUCUGGCAAUGCAGCUGUUAGUGCCUUAGUCACCUGAUAAUGCUAUUGUCAUGGAUGUGUAAUGAAGAUUUAUUUUUUAAGCACAGUUUUUAUGAUGUAUCUGUAUUCAAUCCUGUCAUCGAUGGGCAAUGAAGAAUUCUGUUUGCAUCUUCAUUAGCUACCUCAGAAUGAUAUUUUGCCAGAUUUUACAGUAUUAUGCAAAUAAACAUUAAAGAACUGCCUAACAACUUUGCUGUCAUGG